AUGAACUCGAAGGACCAACUAGGUUCGUUCACAGGGGCUUCAUGCUGUCUGAAACUGGCCAAUCGCUCCUUAACCAAGCGGCUGGGUCCCCUCUCGGGCAGUGUUUCAGCCCUUACAGGAGGGACUAUACCCUCCCGCGCAAGGCCCAAAGCCCGCUAUUGGACCACUUUUACAGCCACCUCUGAACGCAAUUCGAUUCCGCUGCGGGCCUCGACUGAUCACUUUACCAAACGAGAAAGGAAGGGCAAAGGGCACACAGCUACUGGUUGA